AGGAUUGGAGCAGAGACCUGCAGAAGUUUCAACUGAGUCACGUAUCAUGCUGUCAAUACUUUAAGGGUCUGCCAAAUCAGGCACUGCCAGCAAUGGAGCAUCCUGAAAGAGGAAGUGGCUUCAAAAUGAAGUCGCUCGUGCUCACUUUUUUGUUCCUGGUGAGCUUCAGCAACUCUGUUCCUGUCUCUGAGAAACAUUCUCGUAAAGCUAGAUCUUCAAGCUUUGAGUCUAUGGGAGGAUUUGCACAAGGAAGGUUGACAAAGCCUGUCCGAAGUGCUUUUCCCUACCCUGUCCGAUAUCCAGUCUACAGGUCACAAGCUUCUGCUCUUGGUCACGCUCCUGUACCCCCGCUUAUAGUUCGCCCUCCCAUCCCUCCUCCACCGCCUGCUCCCCGCUUACCUCCCAUCAUAAUUCGUCAGCCUGCCCCUCCCCCCCCUCCUCCCCGGUUACCUCCCAUUAUCAUUUCCCCACCUGCCCCUCCUCCACCAGCACCCCGGCUGCCCCCCAUCAUCAUUCGCGCUCCUGCCCCUCCUCCUCCAGUUCCCCAGCUGCCCCCCAUUAUUGUUCCUGUCCUGGUGGAGGUGGAAAUGGGGGUGGAGGAAGUGGAGGUGGCAGAAAUGGUGGAGGAUCUGGCGGAUAUGGGAAUGGAGGUGGUGGAGGAUAUGGGAAUGGGGGAGGAGGAUAUGGGGGUAGGAGAAAUGGUGGAGGAGCUGCUGGAUACGGGGGUGGGGGAGGAGGCAAUGGGGGAGGUGGCGGAUUUGGAGGUGCUGGGGGUGGAUACGGGCCUGUAG